GAUUGUCCUGUAAGAAUGCGACGGCUCUACUACCAUUGUAAAAAAUAUCUAGUCUCCAAUUCCUCGCCGAAGUGGCUUGUGCCAGUGCGGCGGCAAUCUUCAAGUUUUUCAGUGAGAUAUCUCAAUAAAGUUUAUAAAUUCUGAUGUUUUAAUUUUAUCCAACAUAUUGUGUGUACUCGUGGCGACCUUAGAGGCUCGUUGAUGAAGACUCUUUGUUAGGAAGCUUGAGGAAGGAAAGGAAUGAGUCGACCUUUGAGAGCCAAACUUUUAAUGCGUUAUCUUGGUUGUUUAUCUAACAAGGAAGGGUUCAAGGAAGGGUUCAUAAAGGGUUCAUAAAUAUUUUCAUGAGCAUGCAUGAAGUGCUGCGGUAAGGAAGUUUCAAUUUCUUUGGCCUCGGCUCGUGAUGAAUAAUCAGAUCGAAAAUUUUAUAUGGAGAAUGAAAUUUCCUGUUCUUCAAUAUCUUUAUCACGCCAAUUGCUAAAACUUUAAGGAUAUGGGCAAAUCCAGAAACCGCAUAACCCUUGUAUGUACGGAAUGCAAGCGACUUAAAUCCAAGUGCGAUCGCCAGCGACCGUGUUCAGCUUGCAAGAAGCGAAAGUCCAACCGUGCAUGCCUGUACAAUGACCUGGAUGAAGACAACAACAUCACGCUGAAGGAAGUUUUGGACAGGUUGCUCGCUGGAGCCAAUUCCAGCACAUUGACUGACGUUGUCAAGCCACAACACCAGCAGCCCGUUCAAGCUCCGAUUCAAGAACAAGAUCCAGUGUUGGCCCUUAUCGCUCGGCUACCACUUGAUGAUCAUGCUGAGGAAGCACUGAAAUUAUUCAAAACACACCGCAAUUCUCUCAAUUAUAAUGUGCAUUGGACAUCAUUUAUUGAGCGGUAUCAGCGAAUGUUGAUAGAUGGAACGGCGUCAUCUUCGUUUGUAGGAUUGGUAGCGGCUGUCAUGGCCUCGGGUAAGCAGGUCCUGUCGCAAACGACUCGAUCCGUUGCUCAACGACAAAAAUACACUCUAUGUGCCCUGCAUCUUUAUCAAAUCUCAGUGGAUGCUCUACAACUCACGGAUUCUUCUGAUGUACCGUAUGAUUUAGACUACCUUCGGGCUGGCACCCUACAGUGUGAAUUUUCUCUGCAUUGUCAUGAUCGAACCCCCAUUGAACGUCGAACUUGGCCACGACUUGGAUCAUUGAUCACUAUUGCUAUGCAGAUGGGGCUGCAUCGAGAUCCAGAAAUAUUCGACAAUUUUAGUCCGUUCGAACGAGAAAUGAGACGACGAAUGUGGUGGAAUAUAUAUAUAUGCGACCAGUCGCUAUCAGCCAAGCUCUCUUACCCACCUCACAUCAAUGAUCGUGAGUGUAGCUGCCGACUUCCUGUCAAUGCUGAAGAAAGUGCCAUCAAUCCAGACUCCAUUGAGAUCGAAAAUUCACCUCAGCUUACAGAAAAAUGGUUCUUACUAUUCCAAUGCCAUACGUCAAGGUUAAGGGGAGCUAUUAGAGACGCAGAGUUACGAGAAAACGUACUUUCACAAGAGACAGUGGAAGAACUGGAAGCAUCGUGUAGGCUACUCUUGUCUACCGUACCAUCCUCUGAAGAGUUUGGCCCCAAGAUGGAGACCCAUCGAUAUUUGGCUCACAUCUGUAUUCAUUCCAAAAUCGUUAGACUUUUCAAUCACUUCAUACACGAUCCAAACCACUCUUACUACGGAAAGGCGUUAUGUACCACCCUCACAUCAUGUCAUCAUAUCAUUGAAAGCAGCCAGCACGUCGUUGACAUCAAUCAGUUGGAUCCUAUGUCAACGUUUGUGCCGGAUUUCUGGUAUACACCGGAUUGCUUCACAGCUGGGGCGAUCGUUGGGGCAUGUUUGAUCCAAAACAGAAAUCUAGUGUCUGUAAAGACAUCCAAGAAAGACCUGUUUACCGCUGUUACCAUAUUUCAAAAGAUCAACCGUGUGAUAGGAAAGGAAGGGGAAUCGGAAUCGGUAUUGAAAAUGUUUUAUGAAGCCAUAAGCAAAUGUUCGAAAAUAACCAACGACAACUGCUUGACGGUUGGUAAAGAUCGCUUCAUCAUCCCGCCGGAUAUCAACACGCACGACGCCACUUUGCUACCCAAGAUUUGCCUCUUCGACGUUUCUGACCCUAUCAAGCUGGAAACCAUUGUGAAGCAACAGCAACAAUUACAGGAUUAUUCAUCCAAAGUUCAGCUUUUGGAUGAAAUCAGUAUCGGCAUCUCGAGAGAAGCUCUUGAAUCCGCCAUCUUCGAAUUCAGUCAUUUUGGAGCAAAUGACUUUUAGGCUCGUGGUGCAGACGCACUUCAGUGCUACCAUAGAUACUAAGACGGACAUGGUCUGACUUUUUCCUUUCUCAAGUUUUUUCCUUCUGUGUAGGAUUGAUUCUUGUACUUGUACACCCACUUGUUUAUUUCCGUCUCACUCGGCUACGCAUUACUCUGGUAUAUUUUUUUCUAUAGUCACUCGCGUAUAGUCAUAUAAUACCACCCAGUUUUCUUUGAA